CUGUAAACCACCUUGCGUAUGGAAGUAUGGCGGCCUCAGCGAAACAACUGCUUCUCGGCCAAAGUCUACUGCUCUGGUUUUCACGUGAAAGCGAUGAAUAGGUACGCAAACCGAGAAGGUGGUAUCGAAGAGCUCUGUGGCUGUGAGCAUCGGAGAGGGCUUGCAGGAAGAGUCGCUGUUCUUUCGCCGGCGGACUUCCCUGAACUUCUCGUCGCCUCCUUGAUUGAAGCGUCUCCACUCCGGGUACCAGAGGGGAAGAAGCUCCGUAGGACGGGAAAAGUGGACACGGAAGUUAGAAACUAACUCAUUGCGCUGACUUUGGAAAGUCCAGUCGCAAAGUGGGAAUGUAUGGUGUCCAGAGACAUUUGUUGGGAUGUUUUAGUGCACUUGUCCGAAAUUGUUUGUCGGGAAGGAGCGACAGCCAACUGUUGACUGUUAGAUGUGCAUUUAGGGUCUGCGCGCUGCAUACCACCAGCAGACGCUGGUUAGCUUUCAUGGCUCCGGCUAACCAGCAAUUGAACUGUUCCUGUGACCAUAUUCCCCUGAAGUGCCUUGUUUUGUCUAGUGAAGCACAGACGCUCCACUAAUGUGUGACACGCGGAGACAUACUGGUGUAACUUUGAUCUGCUUAGGUGACUUGAAUCACCCGUUCUCUCGGACGGGACAUUCCGAGCCAGGGAACGGGUCUCCUGUGUUCCCCUGAUCCGGUCCUUGUCUGGUACCCAACUGUUGAACGGGGGAUAAACUGAUACCAGCUUGGAUAGUCCCGGCUGCAGCCUGGCACCCUGCCCUUAUGGGGCAGCAGCCGGGGAAAUUAGUAGGGGACCAGAGGAGACCCAGUUUGCCAGCUUUCAUCAAAGGGGGGAAGAGAGACUCAUCCCGCCAUGUGAGCCAGCCCUUGAAUGUUUUCGAUAGACACGAAGCUCUCCAGAGACCAGACUUUGAGGGUCAGGGUCUGUCUGAAGCAGCUCGCUGGAACUCCAAAGAGAACCUUUUGGCAGGACCUAGCGAGAAUGACCCCAACUUGUUUGUUGCACUCUAUGAUUUCGUAGCAAGUGGUGACAACACACUCAGCAUUACUAAAGGGGAGAAGUUGUGUGUGCUGCGUUACAACCAUAACGGUGAGUGGUGCGAGGCACAGACCAAGAAUGGCCAGGGUUGGGUGCCAUCCAACUACAUCACUGCAGUCAACAGUUUGGAGAAGCACAGCUGGUACCAUGGCCCAGUGUCGCGCAACGCUGCAGAGUACCUGCUUAGCUCGGGCAUCAACGGGAGCUUCCUGGUUCGGGAGAGCGAGAGCAGUCCCGGACAGAGGUCCAUUUCCCUGCGCUACGAGGGGAGAGUCUACCAUUACAGGAUUAACACUGCAUCGGAUGGCAAGCUCUACGUCUCGUCGGAGAGCCGUUUCACCAUGUUGGCGGAGCUGGUGCACCACCACUCCACCGUGCAGGACGGCCUUAUCACCACACUGCAUUACCCGGCCCCAAAGCGCAACAAGCCCACCAUCUACGGAGUUUCCCCCAACUACGACAAGUGGGAAAUGGAGCGCACUGACAUCACCAUGAAGCACAAACUGGGAGGCGGCCAGUAUGGAGAGGUGUAUGAAGGUGUUUGGAAGAAGUACAACCUCACUGUGGCUGUCAAGACACUUAAGGAGGACACAAUGGAGGUGGAGGAGUUUCUCAAGGAAGCUGCAGUAAUGAAAGAGAUUAAACAUCCCAACCUGGUGCAGCUCUUAGGUGUCUGCACACGUGAGCCGCCGUUCUACAUCAUCACAGAGUUCAUGACGCAUGGGAACUUGCUGGACUACCUGAGGGAUUGCAACAAAGAGGAGGUCAACGCUGUGGUGCUGCUGCACAUGGCCACGCAGAUCUCCUCUGCCAUGGAGUACCUGGAGAAGAAGAACUUCAUACACAGGGACUUGGCUGCCCGGAACUGUUUGGUUGGGGAAAACCACCUGGUAAAGGUUGCAGAUUUCGGCUUGAGCAGAUUAAUGACUGGAGAUACGUACACGGCUCAUGCUGGUGCCAAGUUCCCCAUCAAGUGGACUGCUCCAGAGAGUCUGGCCUAUAACACAUUCUCCAUAAAGUCUGACGUCUGGGCAUUUGGGGUGCUGCUGUGGGAGAUCGCCACCUAUGGCAUGUCUCCUUACCCCGGCAUUGACUUGUCCCAGGUCUAUGAGCUGCUGCAAAGAGACUAUCGCAUGGAACGACCAGAGGGCUGUCCAGAGAAGGUCUACGAGCUUAUGAGAGCCUGUUGGAGGUGGAACCCCUCAGAGCGUCCAUCUUUUGCCGAAACACAUCAAGCCUUCGAGACCAUGUUCCAGGAGUCCAGCAUCUCUGAUGAGGUUGAAAAGGAGUUGGGGAAGAAGGGGAAGAAGACAACAUUAGGCUCCAUCCAACAAGCUCCAGAGCUGCCAACCAAAACCAGGACGCUCCAUAAGAACAUGGAAAACCGGAACAGAGACAGUCCAGACCUUGUGGAACCAGAGGUGGCUGUUUCAUCACCAAUGCUCCCCAAGAAAGAUCGCCCUAUGCUGGACAAUAACCUAAAUGAAGAUGACCGCUUGAUCCCCAAAGAUAAGGAUAAGACCCGUGGCAAUAGUUUUCUCAACCGCAUCAAGAUAAAGAAAAAGAACGCACCAGCUCCACCCAAACGAAGCUCCUCUUUCAGAGAGACGGACAUUCCCUUUGAAAGGAGGGUAGUGACUCCUGAUCUACGGGACAGUGACAACUUCAACAACGGUACAUCUUUGUCUCUGAAUGACACCACACAUGGUGGGACUCCCAACUACCCAGGGUCUUUGUAUCCACGUAAGAAGGCCCCUCUCUCAGUGCCAGGCCCAGGGGGCAAGGCGGCUACGACGCCACCCAGUGAAGAGGAAUGCCUUUCUAAUUCAAACCGUUUUCUGUGGUCCCCCAUCAUGUCCAACGGUCGAGGCGGAACAGAGUGGAAGUCUGUGACACUACCCCGAGAUCUGGGCCAGCGGCACUUUGACUCCAGCACAUUGGGAGGGAAGCCAGCUCUGCCACAAAAGAGGACCAAUGAGCAGAAGGGAGAGAAUGCGCGUCGAAUGGGCACCCUGACUCCACCGCCACGUCUUAACACAUCAUCAGAUGUUUCCUCUUCCUUCCUGGGUAAAGACGCUGAUCUCAAUCCUGGUUCCAGUCCGCAGGCAUCGACACCCAAAGUGGUCAAGAGACCAGGUGUGACAGGGCAGGAGAACUCCAAGACCAGUGCCCUCCAAGCAGAACUUCUAAAGGCUAAUGUGCACCCUGCUUUGGGGGGAGCAGGAGAGGAGUGCAGGGCCCGCAGGACCAAACAUGCUGUGGAAUCCUCAUCUUUCAGGGAAAGAGGCAAGAUACAGAAACCCAAGCCAGCCCCACCCCCACCACCUACUGGUCCCAAAUCAGGCAAAAUCCCCCGAAGCCCGACUCAAGAGUCCCCCUCAUCUUCCCCUUUAUCUUCCCCUUCAGACAUCAAAGCUAAGGGCCUUCCUUACGUUUCAGACCCCCACCAUACAGCUGCUGCUAGUGACCAAGCCCGCUCACCCAUCAGUGAGGGAUCCAAAAAGGGGCCUUUAGGCUCUAAACCCUCAGGGCUAAAGGCUUCUGCCCCUGCCACCUCGGUGACCACUUCUCCUUCCAGCCAGACCCAGGGGGGCCCAUCUUCCACUGUCACCCCCACUGCCGAUCAGAACUUAUCCGCUUUUACCCCUAUUGCAAAAACUCGAUCCUCCCUCCGCAAGACCACACCCCGCCAAGCCAGUGAGCGCACACCCAAUUCGGCGGUAACACGCGAGAUGGUCCUGGAGGGAGUCGAGCUACUCCGUGCGGCCAUCUCCCGCAUGUCGGAGCAAACGGGCAGCCACAGCGGCGUGCUGGAGGCUGGCAAGAACCUGUCCAAGUACUGCAUCAGCUAUGUCGACUCCAUCCUGCAGAUGAGGAACAAGUUUGCUUUUCGAGAGGCCAUCACCAAGCUCGAGAGCAGCUUGCGUGAGCUUCAGAUCUGUCCUUCUGCCACAGGGGGCGCUAACGCGCAGCAGGACUUCAGCAAGCUGCUGUCCUCUGUCAAAGAGAUCAGUGACAUUGUUCAGAGGUAGCGCUUUACAAAGUGCCAAGAUGGGAAACUGAUAUGAACUUUGACACAUGACCCUCUGAGAGCUGUGUAAAGCCCUGAUGUGGGUAUAGUGUGAUUGAGAGGACCAGUGUAGGUUGACACGACAGUACUCGACCACUUACUUUACUCCUGUGGUUGCAUUGAAUGGACCCAAAGGAAACUGUGUGGAUGUCAUUAAAUAGCCUUAAUGAUGUAUGCACAUUGUCAUCUUAGCCUUUAUUGGGCUGCGGACCAAUUCUACAUCAGUCAUUUUUGAAAUAAUCAUGUCAUGCAUAUUUAAUUUUGUCUGCCUCCCUCCCCUCCCCCUUAUCACUGGACAUGAUCGUCAAAAGGCCUCGAAGAUUUGUUUUCAUCUUUAAUGAUGAUGUGAUUGUUGCUGCGACAAUUAUCGAAACCCAAACAUGCCUUAGAAAACAUUUCCAGUUCUUUUUUUUCCUAAGCUUUAAACUUCCGAGAAAAACUGUGUAAACUGACUUUGUUCGACACUUUUAUUUUUCACUUUUUUGAUCAGUCAUUACUGAUUGGUUGUGUGCCAAGAGAUGAAACUGUGUUGCUGUUUGUUUUGUAUUGGUGCUUUUUGCAGCAUUUGCAGCCAUUUGUGCCAUAAAGUAACAACGUGGAGAAAACGAGCCUCACGACUCCUUUUGCUUCUCCCAACACUUCAGUAACAUUUAGAGCCUUAAAAAGUACUAAUGAGGCUGCAGUUGAAGUGUGCUUAUAUGGCUUUGGCUGAAUUCUGCCAUGUGCUUGAGAGUGGCUGUGUUUUUGUUCAUUGGAUAUAAAUGUUUGCAGUACCAAAAAAAAAAAAAACCCUUUGGAUCUGGGUUUAUGAUCUGCUUCCCAAUGGAUCUGGUUUAUUAUUUUUACAUUUUUCCUCAGACUGGACCUUUUAUGUAUAAACAAGUCUUUUUCCCUCUCUGUGCCAGUGAAAAAAGCCAUCCGUAGCAGCCUGGCCUUGCCGCAGCAGCAUGCUGUUAGAUCAGUUAAAAGGUGGCAACGGACUGACUCUGUGUUUCCCUGGCAGGCCCUCAACCUCCCGAGACAAACACCCCCUUGGGAAACACUGGACUAAAACAUUAAUGCGUCUGUCAAUUGCUGUCUCAAAAGAAUGACUGAAAGGGGGGGAACCUUUACAGACACUACCGUGAAAAUCCACCAUAAUGUUUAUUUUUUUCCCCCCCGUUUGUCUGAAUCUCUUGAAGAUUUUCAGUAUUUGUGCUGUAAUCGUCUCAUCCUUUAUGCCCUGCCUGACUGCGAAGCCUUUGGACAAAAGUCACUGCUUUCAGCCUUGACUUCAACGGUACUGUCAUUAUUGCUUUUGUUAAUUCCUCUUCUGUACUGAACAUACCACUACUCCUACUUUUGUGUCUACGCCUCAAUCACCAAUUUUGUAAACAAAGUUUGCCUGUAUUUGUAAAUGUUUCUUCCUCUCUAACCUGGGUGCAAUUUAUGUUGCAGUAAAAUACAAAAGUUACUUGAAAUGUAAA